CCUGACUCGCGAGGGCUCGCCUCUCUCCUCCCUCGACCUCAGCUACUUACACCUCUUCUGCCUAUCAUCAUGUACGCGGUUGGCCGAGCUUCUAGAGCGGUGGUUAGAUUUAGUGGGGCGCAGCGGGCAGUCUUCGUCGCAGGGCGACGUCAAGGUGCAGUACAGGCCGUGAAGCGCAAAGCACCCACCCUAUCCAGGGCCAUACACACUGGUGCUCAAACAGACAGGGAUACUAUCACACGCCUUCUCUACUCCAUUGGUACCAAGCGCGAAGUCGAGCGAUACUUGAGGAUUUUCUCUUCUUCGUCGGAUACCUCGAACCCCGCGAAGUUCGCGGUCAUCAAGAUUGGUGGUGCAGUACUCGACCAGAUUGACGAACUCGCCCUCAGCUUGAGCUUCCUCUACCGAGUGGGGCUGUACCCGGUAGUUCUGCAUGGUGCGGGUCCCCAGCUCAACAGUAUCAUUGAGGCGGAAGGAGUAGUGCCGGACUACAUCGACGGGAUUCGGGUCACAGAUGCUAAGACACUACAGAUUGCACGGCGUGUCUUCCUGGAGGAGAACCUUAAGCUGGUUGGCGCGCUCGAGAAACUGGGCACUCGUGCACGUCCUAUCACUUCCGGCGUGUUUUCGGCGGACUACCUCGACAAGGAGAAGUACGGCUUGGUGGGCAAAAUCACCAAGGUCGACAAGCGCCCACUGGAGGCGGCCAUUCGAGCUGGUGCACUUCCUAUCCUAACAAGCUUGGCCGAGUCCGACGCGGGUCAAAUCCUGAAUGUCAACGCCGACAUUGCUGCUGGUGAGCUCUCAAAGGAGCUCGAACCCUUGAAGAUCGUCUUCUUGAAUGAGAAGGGUGGUUUGUUCCACGGCGUAACUGGAGAGAAGCUGGACGUGAUCAACCUAGACGAGGAAUAUGACGAGCUCAUGAGACAGCCAUGGGUCAAAUACGGCACGAAGCUCAAGCUUCGCGAGUUCAAGGAGUUGCUGGACCACCUGCCGCGCUCGUCAUCCGUGGCAGUCAUCCGAUCAGAUAUGCUGCAGAGGGAGCUUUUCACCGACAGCGGUGCCGGGACGCUCAUCCGCCGUGGCUACAAACUGUUUAGGCACGGCUCCAUCGAGUCUGUCGGCGCAGACCGUCUCCGUCAAGUUGUCCACGACCGUGACCCAGAUAUCCUCUCUGGCGACGACAGCGUCGCGGGUGUCCUGAACCGAAUCAAAGAGACGCCAUACACGAUCUAUGGCGACGAGCCGCUAGACGUCGUCGCGAUCGUGUCGCACCCGUCCGGUGAGGUACCAGUGCUCACGAAGCUGCUCGCGUCUCGCAAUGGCGUCAUGAACGGCAUCGUCGACAACGUCUUCAAUGCGAUCAAGAAGGACCACCGCAAGCUCUUCUGGACGGCCCGCGCCGACGACGAGAACCGCGCAUGGCACUUCGAACGGGCGGAUGGGAGUUUCACGCGCGCCGGAAAGAGUCUGUUCUGGUAUGGCGUGCAGGACGUGAAGGAGAUUGAGAGGAUCGUGAAGGGAUACGAGGAGAAGGGCAGGAUCGGCCGUUCAUACCUACCUGUUGGCCCUUCUGCUCCCCCGCACAGAGGUGUGCCUGGUGGCGCCCGGUCCUAUUCCACCUUCGCUAGGAAGCCUGUUCCUGGCUCGUCGAGGGGGUACGCUACUGCUGCUGCCUCUGCCUCGACAGAGCCAAAGCGUCUGGCACUAAUCGGCGCGCGGGGCUUUACUGGGCAAACACUGACCACCCUUCUGUCCUCUCAUCCCCACCUCAACUUGACCCAUGUCUCGUCCCGGCAACUCGCCGGAUACUCUCUCGACGGCUACACGAAGGCACAGAUCAAGUACUCCGACCUCUCUGCGGAGGACGUCGAACGGAUGGAGAAGGACGGCGAAGUGGACGCGUGGGUCACGGCGCUCCCGAACGGCGUGUGCAAGCCCUUCGUGGACGCGAUUGACCGCGGUUCGAAGGAGCGGAAAAGCGGGGAGCCCAGCGUGGUCGUGGAUCUGAGCGCGGACUACCGGUUCGAGGAUGGGUGGACGUACGGGCUUCCGGAGCUGUACGGGCGUGAGGCCAUCCGCGGCUCGAAGCGUAUCUCCAACCCUGGAUGCUACGCAACGUCAUCUCAGCUGCUUGUCGCGCCGCUGCUGAAGUACCUGAAGUACGAUGCGUGGCCCACCGUCUUUGGUGUUUCGGGGUACAGCGGUGCCGGCACGGUCGCAGGCCCGCUUGCAGCGGACGGUCGGCCGACCACUGCACCGAAGGUCAGUCCGGAGAGCCUCGCGGGCGGCAUCAAGCCGUACUCGCUCACAGACCACAUCCACGAGCGCGAGGCGGGGCGCCACCUGUCGCGCCUGCUCGCAUCCGGGACGAGCCCAAUGAAGGUUGCGUUCGUCCCGAACGUCGCGCCGUGGUUCAGCGGCAUCAUGUCUGUGCUUUCGAUGCCGCUGAAGGAAACGGUCACCGCGAAGGAGGUAAAGGAGCUGUACGAGGAGAAGUACAGUGGUGAGAAGCUGGUCACCAUCAAAAGGGACGUGCCUGUCCUCCAGGAUAUCGAAAACAAGCAUGGCUGGUCUGUCGGUGGGUUCCAGGUCCAUAGCCAGGGUGAUAGGGCUGUCGUUGUGGGCGGCCUGGAUAACUUGCUCAAGGGGGCAGCGACGCAGUGUCUCCAGGUAAGUUGGGUUGUUGAUCGCCGACAAUCGCAGUGCUAACGGUCAUGUAGAACCUCAACCUUGCUCUUGGAUACGAUGAAUACGCAGGCAUCCCCGUCUAAAUACAUCCCUAGACGUUGGAUAGACUUAGAAAAGCUGCUCGGGGAUGACUCUCCAAGAGAUGAGUAGGAGCGCAUGUGCGAUUGAG